UCACCACAAUAAUUCCUCCUCCCUCCGGUUCCCCAAACACCUCCAUCUUCAAGUUUUUUUCUUCCUGGAAAUACCCUCGACCUCGAUCAUGCCGUCGAUGCCCGCCGCCGCUGGCACCGUGGAGGAGCUGGAGGAGCCCCUCCUCGCCCCGAACCCCGAUCGCUUUUCGAUGUUCCCCAUCCGCUACCCUCCGGUGUGGGAGAUGUACAAGAAGGCCGUCGCCUCCUUCUGGACCGCCGAGGAGGUCGAUCUCUCCAGCGAUCUCCCCCACUGGCUCCACACCCUCACCACCGACGAGCGCCACUUCAUCUCCCACAUCCUCGCCUUCUUCGCCGCCUCCGACGGCAUCGUCCUCGAGAACCUCGCCGUCCGCUUCAUGUCCGACGUCCAGAUCCCCGAGGCUCGCGCCUUCUACGGCUUCCAAAUCGCCAUCGAGAACAUUCACUCCGAGAUGUACUCCCUCCUCCUCGAAUCCUACAUCAAGGAUCCGGACGAAAAAGAUCGCCUUUUUCGCGCCGUCGAGACCGUCCCGGCGGUGACAAAGAAGGCCCAAUGGGCCCUCCGGUGGAUCGAGUCCUCCGAGUCUUUCGCCGAGCGCCUCGUUGCAUUUGCCGCCGUUGAGGGGAUCUUCUUCUCUGGCUCCUUCUGCUCCAUCUUCUGGCUCAAGAAGCGUGGUCUCAUGCCGGGGCUCACCUUCUCCAACGAGCUCAUCUCUCGCGACGAGGGCCUCCACUGCGACUUCGCCUGCCUCCUCUACUCCCUCCUCAACCGCAAGCUCUCGGAGGACCGCAUCAAGUCGAUCAUCGCCGACGCUGUGGACAUUGAGAGGGAGUUCGUUUGCGACGCGCUGCCGGUGGCGCUGGUGGGGAUGAACGGGGAUUUGAUGAGCCAGUACAUUGAGUUCGUGGCGGAUCGGCUCUUGUUGGCUUUGGGAUGUGGAAAGUUGUACGGGGUGGCGAAUCCAUUCGACUGGAUGGAGCUGAUAUCACUUCAAGGGAAGACUAAUUUCUUCGAGAAGAGGGUCGGAGACUACCAGAAGGCGGCAGUUAUGUCAAGCUUGAAUGGGAAUGGCCAUGGAGAAUAAGAUUGUCCAAAUAAAUAAACACAAUGUAGAGUUGAAGUCUCUAAUGACUAAAGCCUGCUUGCUUAAUUGCUCUGUUGGUCCUGAGUAUUGUCCAAUACAAGAGUGCCAGCUAAAUUUCUGCCAGGAACCAGACACCCCCAUAUUAUUCCUGACAUUGGAAGUUGGUGUCAACUGGGAUAUUUAGAAGACAACAAGAACAACCUUGCUGCCCUUAAGCCUCUCUGAAUCAUCUGCACAAGGUCUUUUCUGCAUCAGAGUCAGAGUUUUCUUGUAACUGUAAUACUUGCCUUAUCCUAUGUAUAUCUAAUUGACCAUGCAAAGAUGAUUUGACGAUCAAUCCAUUAUAUUUGGACUUGACAUUUUCUCCC